AAUCUGUCACUAGAACUUUCUUUUCCACCGCCUUAUAUUAUCACUUCUCUCUCUGACUUGUAAUUCCAGGACAUUUGCCCCUAAAACAUUCUCAGUUUUCUUUUUUCAUACGAAACUGAAACUUAGGACAGAACUUCAAAGUGAAGUGAAAACUCACCAAAAGAAACAACAACAGAUUCAGCAACGUUGCUAGAUUUAUUACAGAGCCGAAGAGAAGAUCAGAAAGAAACAAGAAAUGGAAGGAGUGGUAAUAAAAGAAGAGGAAACAGUGAUGUUUGCAGCUGGAACUGCAGGAUUAUCUACAUCUACAUCUUCAUCUUCUUCUCCGUCUUCGAGUGUUACUCCACAGCCGAUGGAAGGGCUUAACGAGGUUGGUCCACCGCCGUUCUUGACCAAGACUUUUGAAAUGGUGGAAGAUCCUUCGACGGACUCAGUGGUUUCAUGGAGUAAAGCUCGUAAUAGCUUCAUUGUUUGGGAUUCUUAUAAAUUCUCGACUACUCUGCUUCCUAGGUACUUCAAGCACAGUAAUUUCUCCAGCUUCAUUCGCCAGCUCAAUACAUAUGGGUUUAGGAAAGUUGAUCCAGACCGUUGGGAAUUUGCCAAUGAAGGAUUUCUGGGAGGGCAAAAAUGCCUACUGAAAACGAUCAAGAGGAGAAGAAAUAUCCCGCAAAGUUUGCAACAGCAAGGAGGAGCUUGUGUUGAGUUAGGACAAUUUGGACUAGACGAAGAGCUUGAGAGAUUGAAGAGAGAUCGAGGCGUGCUACUGGCAGAAAUCGUGCGUCUAAGGCAGCAACAGCAGCAUUCAAGAGACCAAAUUGUUGCAAUGGAGGGGAGGUUACAAAGCACGGAAAGAAAGCAACGGCAGAUAAUGACAUUCCUUGCCAAGGCUCUUCGUAACCCAACCUUUAUCCUGCAAUUUGCACACAAAAGACAGAUGCAAGGUAUUGAAAUCGGGAGAAAACGGAGACUAACAGCUAGCACAAGUGUAGAGAAUUUGCAAGAAGAAGCAAUUCCUGUGGUAGUUGAUAAUGACCAAGUUGUUGAUUACACCAACCAGGAGCAAGAAGAAUUGGCAACAAUAGAGUCUGAGAUAGAGACAUUUUUCUCUUCUGCCUUGGACAAUGAAUCAUGCAGUGAAAUCAAGGAUCCUAUGACAAGUCCGGUGCCCAUAUCAAGUGGAGCUAAUUUGGGUGUUAAUGAGAUAAUAUGGGAGGAGUUAAUCAGUGAAAACCUAAUAGCUGGUGAACCAGAGGGGGAAAUUGUGGUGGGUGAUCAGCCUGAAGUUGAUGUUGAGGUAGAGGAUUUGGCUGUAAACCCUGCAGAUUGGGUUGAUGAUUUGCAGGGCCUAGUGGAUCAGCAGGGAAUGGUGAAAGUUUCCAAGGGGCCAACAGAUGUUCCUGUUGUUAUGCGGGCUAACCGACAAAGAUUUAUUGGGGGACCCCUCCAAGCACGAGUCUUCCAGAAGCUUCUAGUUCCAGAUUUCCAGUCCCUAUUUCCUACUGCCUAUAUAUGUUUGCGCUAAUGCUCUUUCUGUAUCCUUGUUAACUUCAUAUUAAUCUUUGUUAAUGUAAAUAUCAGUUUCAAUCCAUGUGUACAGUAUGGAUGCAUAUAUUCGAUAUGCAUAUAGGCAAGGAAUAUUACUCUAUGGAUUGAGUUCUUUGUAA